AUGUAUCGUCAUUCCCCCUAACUUCGUGACUACCGGAAGUUCGUGACUUUUUUGUAAACGAAUCCAGUGAAAUCACGCGCGCACCUGCGAGAUGUAAACAACUGUACGUAACUAGGUCAUGUCGUCACAAAUGUCAUCGUGAUAUUUAUAUGCCAAAAUGCGCUUUAAACAGGCAAAGCCUGUGCAUUUGAAGGCCAAGUACAGAUCAUAUUCACCCUCAGCCUUGCAAAAUGCAUACAAGUCUGUUGUUGAAAGUGGAACACCUGUUCUCAGGGCUAGUAAAUUAUUUGGGGUGCCUCAACAAACUUUAAGAGACAGGGUGUUAGGAAAGAUAGACCCUGAAUGUAUCACUACUGGAAGAGAACCUGUUUUGAAUAUGUUUGAAGAGGCCAAAAUUGUACAGCAUAUUAAAACUAUGGCUAAUUAUGGUUAUGGUUACACCAUGCAAGAGUGUGUAGACAUUGCAACUGAGUAUGCAGUUAGUGUUGGUAAAAGAACCAGAGACAAUCCAUUGACAUUAAGGUGGAUGGAUGGAUUUCGUAAACGUUGGCCGGAAGUGAAAGUUUCAAAUCCAAGAAGUAUUGAACAUGUAUUCUGUUGUAAGAGUUGUUUCUUGGGGGCUCACAAACUCACUUGUGAAACUGACAAAAUCUACUUGUCUGCCUGA